GGAGUUUUUAUCUGGGUAUCGUCUAAUGAUUGAACAACAUGUCGAGGAAGGUUUAUCUAGAUGUCGUAUCGGAGACCAUAAAUUGCGACUAUUAUACCCUCGUCUACCCACAUUCAUUCUCACCUGUGGGGCAUUAACGUAUCAAUUAUCAAUUUUCAGACUGUCGAGUGGUAUAACGGGGAUCGAGUACUCCGACAGUUUGGUUGCAUCUAGUAUAUCCUGGAUCUACCAAUGCAAUUGGGGAAGAUUCACGGGAUUAACAAGAGAGAAAAACAUGGAAAUAAUUGGGGGUUGUGCACCAGAAAUAUAUUGCAGUGUGGGAUAAUCGAAUGGCGCGAAGAUCUCAUAUGGAUAUUUCUUCUGAUUUGCAACCAUUGUUAGAGUACAUACAAUGGUACUCUAGUGCGGGAAAACCGUAUUUACUUGGUGGACAGUUGACUGUAGUCCCUCCGUACAUGCAUCGACUUGGGGCAUACGAGCCAGUGCCUGAUAUAGAGGCCGAGCCAGAGCCAGAGCCCGAGCUUGAGCUCAAGCCAAAGCCAGAUCCCGAGCGGUCAUAUACAAAUUUCGCUGAUGGUUCUUAUCAUCCGGAGUUGCAGGUCAAUAACUAUUUCCCGGGCUCGUCAGGACAUGGAUAUCAUUCUAGGUUUGAUAUAUUUAGUCCAGUCCCACCACAGUACAAUACUUCUCUCGGCCCGUAUCCACUACAUUACUUCACUCCUCUUGGGUCGUAUCCACCACAGUACAACACUCUUCCCCAUAUCCACCGUAUUACUCUACUCCUUCUAGGUCGUAUCCACCAUAGAACAACACUCCUCCCGACUCAAGUUCAUUGAUGGCGUUCGGGGCAUAUGAUUUUUCUUCCAUGUUUUGCACACCCCCCACCUACGACUGAAGAGGAUUUUGGUCGCCGCGAUCA